AUGGCUGCCUUGCAAUUCCCCAAGAAGUUAUGCGAUCAACUAGAUUCAGUGGUUCGUAGAUUCUGGUGGAACCCCAAAACGGAGUCAGGUCACUUCUGGACUCCUAUUGCUUGGUCUACUCUAUGUAGAUCCCAAAAGGAUGGUGGUUUGGGUUUUAGGAACUCUUGGGAUUUCAAUCAAACCUUGCUUUCCAAAUUAGCCUGGUGGAUAUUGUCGGACAAGAACUGUUUGUGUGUUAAUGUUUUAAAGGCAAAAUAUAAGGUUAGACACAAUUGGUUAAACCACUGCUUCCUGGGUAAUGCUUCACCAGUCUGGAAAAGUUUGGCUGGUGUUAAGCAGCUCAUAGCUAAAGCAGCUUGCAUGUUGGUGGGGGAUGGUAAUUCCAUAAGGAUUUGGGAGGAUCCUUGGGUACUAGAGCUUCACGGGUUCAUUCCUACUCCAAAGAAUGGUGUUGACCCAAAUGGUAUUCUCUUAGUCUCUCAACUUUUUAAUUCUGAUUUUUCUGGUUGGGAUGUUCAUAAACUAAAUUGGUGGUUUGAAAACUCCACAGUUGAUCAUAUUUUGAAAAUUCCUAUUUUUCCGACCAGUUACAAAGAUUAG